AUGUUUCACUCGUCGAAGCCGUAUUCGGCUGUGACGGUCCAGAUCGAGGUCCUCACCAGCGAACAAUAUGAGGUGGAAGAUUCCAGUGGUAUCGUGGACCUUAUCGAGGCCAUUCGCAUCCAGGCCAGUGGUCCUACUGAAGCGAGUCGCGCUUUGCGUAAGAAGCUCAAGUAUGGCAAUCUUCACCGCCAAUUGCGAGCCCUUACAAUUCUCGACUUCCUAAUCCAGAACACCGGCGACCGCUUUCUGCGGGAAUUUGCAGAUGAGCCCUUACUGGAACGACUACGAAUCGCUGCGACCGACCCGGUUUCCGAUCCCUUGGUGAAAGAGAAAUGCAAACAGCUUUUCGGGCAAUGGGCUGCCUCAUACAAGAACACUCCCGGCAUGGAGCGGGUUACAGGUCUUUACAGACAACUACCAAAGCGUAAGCAGCCGGCUACUCAGGCAAAAGCCAAAGUUUUGCGAGAUGCGGGGCAAUCCGACGAACCUACGAUGGGCCAUACGGUGUCUGUGUCAGCCGGAAAUGGACCUGCUACAGUUCUCAGUGGCCCCAAGCACAAGCACACAUCCAGCAAAUCGUCCCUCUCAUCUUUCAGGAAGGAGAAGAAGGAAAAGAAGACACUAAGCAGGUCUUUCAACCUCGAGAAAGAGAAGCCGGAAAUACUACAGACCCUCGCAUCAGCCUCCGUCGCCAGCACAAACCUCCUCAAUGCCCUCAAGCUAGUCAACCGCGAAACGCACCGGGUUAGCGAAGAUGCCGAAGUCCUCAACCGGUUUGAGACUUGCAAAACAUUACGGCGCCAAAUUCUGCGAUACAUCCAGCACGUGGAAAGCGAGGAGUUUCUGGGUAGUUUGAUUCACGCAAACGAAGAGCUAGUCACCUCACUUAUGGCAUUCGAAGUCUUAGACAAGAGUGUAGACUACGACAGUGACAGCGACCAGGAUGUCCUGGAGACGGGAUGGACCCCUGACCGCGACGACCUGCCCGACUCAUUCGCAGGGCUGGUUGUCAACCCCCCGAAGCCACCUCGUCCCCCUCGCCCCUUGAGCAUAUCUGUACCAUCCUCAUCAAGGAAAGUCUAUAAUGACAGCGAGUCAGAGACGGAAGACGAUGACGAUGAGGACAAUCCAUUUGGCGACCGCAACGCCAUUCGCACUCCGGGCAUUGAGAAGCAUGAACCUACCUGGAGAGAAGUUUAG